UCAUUGACGACGACAAUGUUUCCCCAACCAUCAGGCAUCCAAAUUCUUAGACAUUCCUCCGUCGGGAACUGGGACACUGAUUCGAGGAAAAUGUCGAAGAACAAAUUAAACUUGACUUUACCUCCUGGCGUCGCUGACAACCAGCAGCCUGUUUCGCCGUCUGCACCGUUAUCAGCCGCAUCAGACACAGGAUGUGACAAGCUAAGCGUAGCGAGUCUACAAGAACAGCUAGACCGAGUUGGAAUGGAUGAUGAACAGCGGAAACGAAUGGAAUUGUUCUUAUGUCAAAAAGAAAAGAUUGGUGGUGAACUUAGUGAUGCUGAUUUUGAGAAAAUGAAAGAUGGUGAACUUGGUGCCGGAAAUGGUGGUGUAGUAAUGAAAGUUAAACACAAAUCUAGUGGACUGAUCAUGGCUAGAAAACUCAUACAUUUAGAAGUAAAACCUGCUAUUAAGAAACAAAUCAUACGAGAACUUAAAAUUUUACACGAAUGUAAUCAUGCACAUAUAGUCGGUUUUUAUGGUGCAUUUUACAGUGAUGGAGAAAUCAGCAUUUGUAUGGAGUACAUGGAUGGAGGUUCUCUUGAUCUCAUAUUACAAAAAACUCGAAUACCUGAGCCAAUACUUGGAACUAUAACUGCUGCUGUUGUUAAAGGACUAAUUUAUCUUCGAGAACAGCAUUCAAUUAUUCACAGGGAUGUCAAACCUAGUAAUAUUUUAGUUAACAGUGCAGGAGAAAUUAAAAUAUGUGAUUUUGGUGUAUCUGGUCAAUUAAUUGAUUCUAUGGCAAAUUCAUUUGUCGGAACUAGAUCAUAUAUGUCUCCUGAACGAUUACAAGGGACACAAUAUACAUUACAAAGUGAUAUAUGGUCCUUAGGUUUAUCUCUGGUUGAAAUGGCCAUUGGUAUGUAUCCCAUACCAGCACCUGAUGCUAAAACCUUGGCAUCAAUUUUUGGACCAAGAUCCCAGACGACUGAAACUAUAGAAAGCAUAGAAAGUGAUGUUUUUGCAAAUGGAAAUGGGCCAAGACCAAUGGCCAUUUUUGAACUUCUUGAUUAUAUUGUGAAUGAGCCACCUCCAACGUUACCAGCUGGUAUCUUCUCAGACGCCUUCAAAGAUUUUGUAGACAGAUGUUUAAAAAAAAAUCCUAAUGAAAGAGGAGAUUUUAAAAUGCUUAUGGAUCAUCAAUGGAUAAAGAAAGCAGAAAGUGAACCUGUUGACAUUGCUGGAUGGGUUUGUAAGAUUAAAGGUUUAACUCCGACUACUCCAACUAGAAUGGCAUCAAAUUCGGCCUCAUGAGUCUGCUCACUGCUCCUAAUACAAAGGCUCACUGCUGCGGACUCCUAUAUAGACAGAAAUGUCUAGAGGUGCGCCCCUCCCAAGCUUCAAAAUAUAAUUGCUUUUGCCAAGUAAUUUUUUUGUUUUAUUAUUAUAUUUAUGUAGCUUUUGAUAGAGUGAUUA